GAUCAAUACGAAAACUUAUCAAUACACACAAACAAAGGCAUUGAAUUUCUGGACAAAUAUGGCAAUUUCAUCAGAGAUCGCUUAGCGAUAGAAUCAGAAUAUGCAGCGAAAUUGAGACGACUAGUGAAAAACUAUCAGCCCAAGAAAAAAGAGGAGGAAGAUAAUGAAUUCUCUUCUUGGCAGGCAUUUCGAAAUGUGCUGAAAGAAAUCGGUGAUUUAGCGGGACAACGUGAAGUUGUUGCUGAAUCACUACAAUUACAAAUUAUACAAGCAGUAACGCUGCUAUCAAAAACAUUAAGAGAAGAAAGAAAAAAAUGUUUAAAUGACGGCACAACACUACAACAGAACCUUAAUUAUCAAUUAGGUGCACUAGAACGUGCAAAACGUAACUAUGAAAAAGCCUAUAGGGACUCAGAAAAGGCCAUAGAAAGUUAUAAAAAGGCUGAUAUGGAUUUUAAUUUAAGUAGAGCAGAAGUGGAACGGCACAAAAAUGUUAUGACCCAAAAAAUACAACAGUCCGAUGAUGCAAAAAAUGAAUACGCAAAUCAAUUACAAAAAACAAAUAAUUUACAACAACAACAUUAUAAUGUGAUGCUACCUGCGGUAUUUAAUCGUUUACAAGAGUUAGAUGAGAAACGGACUCGAGGUAUACGGGAGUUUAUAGUUGGUGCUGCUAAAGUUGAAUCAGAGGUAGCACCUAUAAUAGCUAUAUGUAUGCAAGGUAUUGUUAAAGCCGGCGAGUCAAUAAAUGAAAAAGAAGAUUCCUUUAAAGUCAUAGAGAGGUAUCAAUCUGGUUUUACGCCACCAAUCGAUAUACCGUUUGAGGAUUUAUCUAAACAAGAUCACGAUACAUCACAAGAUUCACACUACAGUAAUAUGCAGUCAAACCAUUUAACAAUGAAAGGCACUAUGAGUGCGAAUAAACUUAAGAAACGUGUAGGAAUAUUCAAUAUAUUUGGUAGUAAUAAGAAUUCAUUAACUGCGGACGGCCAAAAGGAAGAUUUUAGUGAUUUACCACCGAAUCAGCGACGUAAAAAGCUACAAGCUAAAAUUGCUGAAUUGCAACAAAAAAUCAGUCAAGAAACAGCUGCACGUGAUGGUCUAAUGAAAAUGAAAGUCGUUUAUGAAGCAAACUCAUCGCUAGGAAAUCCAAUGACAGUGGAAGGACAACUGAACGAAUCCGAGCACAAAUUGGAAAAGUUAAAAAUAGAUUUAAAAAAAUAUCAAGGAUAUUUAGAAAAAGCAAAUCAAGUACCCAUGGCGAAUAAUAGUCCGCAAGCGAACCGUAAUACUUUCCAAAAUGGUCACAGAACAUCAAGACAUUCCAAUGGUAGCACCGAAGAUAAUAAUGAUGAAGGUGAUGACCAGCCUGAUGAUGCUGGCAGUUUAAGCAGGUCAGAUUCAGAGGAUAAUGUGGCGCAAAUACAAAAUGGGCAUAAUAAUAACAAUAACGGCAGUUCGGCAAGUCCUGAAAGUGGGCUAGGUACAUCGCACACAUCAUUGCCUGGUUCCGGUCAAGGCAGUGCAAAUGAAAAUGCGAUCGGUGAAGAUGCAUAUUUUGAAACGGAAAUAGAAGCCUUACAGCCACUAGGCACAUGUCGUGCAUUAUAUCCUUUCGAAGCUACCAGCGAAGGCAGUAUACCUAUGAAUGAGGGUGAAGAACUCCAAGUGAUUGAAAUUGAUCAAGGUGAUGGUUGGACGAGAGUACGACGUAUGAAUGGUUCCAAUGGUUGGGAUGAAGGAUUUGUGCCGACUAGUUAUAUAGAAUGUACAUUCUUCAAGACAUUGCAAGAAAAGAAGUCUACUUCAGUCGUUCAAAAAGCAAUUGCAAGUAGUAAAUUAGUGGGGAAUGAAACUGAUGAUAUCAAAAUAAUAUAUUCAAAAGAAUGGUGCAAGUCUGAAUAGAACAUCAAGUUUAAAUUCCAUUUUAAAAUAUCGAAUGUAUUUUUGUUUUUGCUUUUUAAUUUUGCUAUUAAAUUGAUUAACAGGAAAAAUAAAACUAAUAU